AUGCCUUUCUCAAAUCUUUGGGCACCGGGUGACGGGGACUCCUGGGAGCUCACCGAGUGGUAUGACGAGGAUUUUGACCAAGAUCUUGUCUAUCAGUGCGACCUUCUUGAGGGGAGCAUGUUUGAUGGUGCAAAAUCUACGAAACACGAUCUGCUCGAAAUCACGCAACAGUUCUUCGCCGCUUUUGUCCCCAGCUUCAAUGGCGCCACAAAUCAAACACUAGAUAAGACACAGAAUCUGCUAGAGACUGCCAUGUUCAUCGCUAAUCGAGCGUCUCUCACCUUAUCUUCCCCAGAUUUCAGCCGGAACAUAUCACAAGAUAUGGAUGGACGUAAUAUCUACACUUCACCUGGUAUUGCAGUACCAAAGCCCGUUCUACCAAGAUCAGGCGUCAUCAUCAUGUCGGUUUUGAUAGGCCUUUAA